AUGCAUCGUGCAGGCAUGCUCUGUCGUCUGGCAUCGCCAAGCCGUUCGGCUGCGAUUGCGGUUCGUAGCACAUCAUCGUCUGUUGGAAAACCUGGAAAUCCGAUCGCCGCACCCACAACACAGGUAUAUUCAGAAGCUUUUUCUGACCAUAGGGGUCUCGCAUUCCCAAAUGGAUCUGAACUCACUGUUCGGCAACAGUCGUUGGCUUCCGCUGUCAGUUCCGAGCCUUUCAUGAAUGCCACCUCAUCCAUGUACAUCGAGCAGAUGUAUGAUGCCUGGAAAGCGGAUCCGAAGUCUGUUCAUGCAUCAUGGGAUGCGUACUUCAGGAACGUCGAAGGUGGCGCUGCUCCUGGUCAAGCUUACCAGGCGCCACCCACCGCGUAUGGUGCUGUUGGUGUACCAGGAGUUUCACCGCUCAUUCCUGGCGUAGCAGUUGGCGGAGGAUUCACAAUGCCUCAGGUUAUGCCAUCACCUUCUGUCGCAGCGACCACAGGACUCGACACUUCAGUGCAGGCGAUCACUGAUCAUCUCAAGGUCCAACUUCUCAUUAGAAGUUUCCAAACUCGUGGCCAUAACAUUGCCGAUCUCGACCCACUUGGAAUCAACAGCGCUGAUCUUGAUGAUACCAUCCCACCAGAGCUGGAGCUGUCUUUCUAUGGAUUCGGGGAACGUGACCUCGACAGGUGGGGUUUCCUGUUAACUUGCAUGGACAAUCGAAAAUGGUGUAAAUUUAUCUCAAUUCGGAAGGCUAUUGCGACAGUGACGUUGUUCAAACGCCUGAUUCGUUCUACCAAGUUUGAGGAAUUCCUUGCAAAGAAGUGGCCCAGUGAGAAGAGGUUUGGACUAGAGGGAUGUGAGGUUUUGAUUCCAGCUGUCAAACAGGUCAUCGAUACUUCCUCAAGUCUUGGAGUCGAUUCGAUAGUCAUUGGAAUGCCUCACCGUGGUCGACUGAACGUACUCGCAAACGUCUGCCGUCAACCGUUGUCUACUAUUCUCUCACAAUUCUCGACACUUGAACCGGCUGACGAAGGUUCCGGUGACGUGAAAUACCAUUUGGGUGUCUGCAUUGAACGUCUUAACCGACAGUCACAGCGUAAAGUAAAGAUCGCUGUUGUGGCUAACCCUUCGCAUCUCGAAGCAGCGGAUCCAGUCGUUAUGGGCAAGGUUCGCGCUGAAGCUUUCUAUGCGGGUGACGAGAAAUGUGACCGAACCAUGGCUAUCCUGAUGCACGGAGACGCUGCCUUCUCUGGUCAAGGCGUAGUGAUGGAGACAUUUAAUUUGGACGACCUACCAAGCUACACUACUCACGGCUGCAUUCAUAUCGUUGUCAACAAUCAGAUUGGCUUCACUACCGAUCCUAGGAGCUCUCGGUCUUCACCGUAUUGUACUGAUGUUGGACGAGUUGUUGGUUGUCCGAUUUUCCAUGUAAAUGUGGACGAUCCUGAGGCCGUGAUGCACGUGUGCAACGUGGCUGCUCAAUGGAGACAGACAUUCAAGAAAGAUGUGAUUAUUGAUUUGGUGUGCUACAGAAGGUAUCAGUGUUUUCAUCAGGGGAUCCCUCAGAGGAUUGAACUGUUGCUUUGCAGGCAUGGUCACAAUGAGCUCGACGAACCAAUGUUUACACAACCACUCAUGUACCAGAAAAUCAAACAGCAGCCAACAGCUCUUGAAAAGUACCAGGAACACAUCAUAACCGAGGGCGUCGCGAAUGAGCAGUACGUUAAGGAUGAACUCACAAAGUACGGUCAAAUCCUGGAAGAAGCUUAUGAGAAUGCUCAGCAGGUCACUUAUUUGAGAAAUCGGGACUGGUUGGAUUCACCUUGGGAUGACUUCUUCAAACGCCGUGAUCCGCUAAAGUUGGUCAGUACUGGUGUCGAUGAGGAAACGAUCAGAUCUAUAAUUGAUAAAUUCGGGUCCUAUCCCGAGGGUUUCCAUCUCCAUCGUGGUCUGGAACGAAUUCUCAAGGGGCGCAAGCAAAUGCUGAAGGAAAACUCGCUUGACUGGGCCUGUGGAGAAGCGCUGGCGUUUGGAUCGCUUCUGAAGGAGAACAUUCACGUCCGCCUCAGUGGGCAAGACGUGGAACGUGGAACGUUCUCUCACAGACAUCACGUUCUGCACGAUCAGCUGAUUGAUCAAAAGACUUACAACCCCCUAAACGAUCUACAGGAAGGUCAGGCACACUACACUGUUUGCAAUUCUUCCUUGUCGGAAUUUGCCGUGCUUGGAUUUGAGCUUGGCUACUCUAUGGUUGAUCCAAAUUCCCUUGUCAUUUGGGAAGCCCAGUUUGGCGAUUUUGCAAACAAUGCUCAAUGUGUUAUUGAUCAAUUUGUUGCGUCUGGACAGUCGAAGUGGAUUCGCCAGUCUGGCCUGGUGAUGCUUUUGCCGCACGGCUACGAAGGAAUGGGACCUGAACACUCGUCGGCUCGUCCGGAAAGAUAUCUUCAGUUGUGUAAUGAAGACGACCAGAUCGAUCUUGAGAAAGUUGCGUUUGGUGGCACAUUCGAAGCUCAGCAGCUUCAUGAUACCAACUGGAUCGUCGCUAACUGUACCACUCCGGCCAAUCUUUUCCAUCUGCUGAGAAGACAGGCGAGUCUUCUGCUGUUUGUUCAGGAUUUGCUCUACUUCUUGCCAUUCAUUUUAAUAUCCAUAGCAAUGCCGUUCCGUAAACCGGCUGUGGUCAUGACACCGAAAUCGCUACUUCGUCAUCCAAUGGCUCGUUCUCCUAUCGAAGACUUCCUUCCUGGCACAUAUUUCCGUCGAGUCAUUCCCGACAACAUUGAACAUAAAGGAAAUGUACAGCGGCUUGUUUUCUGCACUGGAGCACAAGAACAUGGGUGCAUGGGGCUUCGUGCAGCCGCGUAUCAACAGUCUGAUGCAGUCUGA